ACUAAGGGGUUGUGAUCUUGCACCGUGCUAUUACAAGGCAUCGAUGACAAUUCGCACAAAUUUGUGUGUACAAUAGAAGCCAAUAAUGCAGGCGAGACAAAAUAAUAUGUAUAGUUCGAUAGCAUAUAUGAGCGUUUACAAGGUUAUGGGCGUGGAACAUACGUGCAUUCAGUUUCGGACUUGAGACAAGGACAUGGAUAGCCCUAACAACAAAUGGAUUGAUUGAAGAAGAGCAUACAAGUUAACUUCAUUCAUUGAUUUUUUUCUUUACUUUUGGUUAGAAUAUGUGAAGGAGAUGAUGUGGAUACCUUGUACCACAUAUUCAAUUCCAAAGGAUAAGGACAGAAAUAAAGACGAUGGUAAAGAGAUCAACAUGCCAUCCAAUGUAGAUAAAGAGAGCAAUUCAUACCACCACCACCUUAUCCCUCUAUCAUCAUCCUUUGCCUUUCAUCCAUUGCAUGGGCAAAACUCACCCAUGCAACCAAAUAUUAUUUACAAAGGUAAUUAUGUCAUCAAAAAUCCUAUAUUCGCCAACACGAAAACUGAACGACAAAUAUACACAUUGUCGGUAUGGGAUUUGUUCCCCGAAAUUUGUUAACAAGUUAAAUCGUAACGAUCAACUUCUAGGAUAAUUACGUUAGUUAACAAAAUUUACUAAACUAGAAGAAAAUUGACUAUAGUAACUAAAGAAUGUUUGACCCUCUUUAUUUGGUUAAAAAAUAUGAACCAGAACUGGACCAACAAAACUUUUUUCAAAAUUCAAAAAGAAAAUGCUUCUAGAUAGUUCAUCCCGAGGGGUCAUUUUCUAUUCCUGGAGGCCACAUAUUGACAUUCAUGGUAAAGAUAUCAUGAUUAAUCUCACACCUAUCAUGUAUACAUCCUCCAUCCAUGACCAUUCAUCCAUGAUCAUCAUCACUUAACUAAUAUAUGCCUGCCUAGAUCUAGUGAGGUGUAUGAACUUGCAUUAUUGUUAUUAUCAUUAUUUGGUUGGAAUGUUAAAACCAGAUUAUCACUUGAAACAGAAUCCAUCUGUGGUAUGUAUAUAUGUUGUUUAGAUGUGUAAUAAAUAUUAUUAUAAUCACUUUAAUGAAUCUUUGAAGUGUUUAAAGGAUUAAAAGAUAAAACCAUAAAAAAUGAAAUCAAUGUAAAAUAAGAAUAUAUACGUCACAAAUUAUGCUAAAUUUUUUGUACAUUAAUUAUAUGUUAGUUAAUUUAUUGUAACCCUAUUUUCACAUGAAAUCACUACUAAAAAAGGAUAUGUUAUUUCGAAUAUAGUUCAAUUCUAAAAGUGAACCAGUUUUAAAGUCUUUUUCUAAAAAGCAUCUAUUGCACAUGAUAUAUAGGGUAAAAAGGACCGGGGUAUAAUAUCCUCAAAGGUGCAACAAAAAAUUAAAAUUUAAUAAUUAUCGUACUUUAAACAUGCUUCAAGUGGUAUUUGUGUUUCGAGUUUUUAUCUUGUUAUAUGCAGCCGUUAAAAAAAAAUGUUUCAAUUAAUUUCUUAAUAUUGUUUGGAAAUAUGUACGAGUAUCUUUGAAAACUGAUAUACUUCGUCUCCACUUAUUUUUUAUUAGAGCACCCAUAAUCUACAAACCUUCAGAACCAAAACAAAUUGUCACCUCAGCAUCAUAUUAGAUUUACAAACCUCAACAAACUCUACAUCAUCACCUACUUUUACCACAUCAGACACACAUUGUUGGUAGUAGGGUCCCACUCAAGAAAUCCGUUGGAGGUCCGGACUGUCGGACAUGACAAUAACUGAACAAGGGCUACUAUGUAACUGGACGAGGGAUAAGGUACGCGGACUAGUACACGUGAGAACCGGACGAGUAAAAUGCCCACAUUGUGGGUGCUCUUAAAAAGGUUUAGCACUCAUUUAACCAUACUUUAUGUAGCUUAUGAUAUGUUUAACUUCGAUUGGCUAGCUUAGAGGUUGUUUAGAUCUAUAGAAAUCCAUGUUAAUAUAACAUUAAAGACACAUGUUUGCAACAACGGUCAUGAUGUGUUAGUGUGUGACAUAUACAUAAUACACAUAUGCAAGAUACCCGUGGCGACCAGUAAAGGCAUGGGCCCGAACCUUUUUUAAUCUUAACCAAUCUUAGUUUUUGCCUAAAAAACAAACAAACCAAAAACUGAAAUGAAGAAUAAGAAUUAACUGCUGAGGAAAAUGCAUGAAGACGAAAUCUUCUGAGUGAUUUGGAACGCUCGUCCCUCAUCGGUUUAUCUCGAACAUUACUAUAUAAUCCCCAAACUAGAUCAAAUGUCAUCAGCCAAGACAGACUGAGAACACUAACUUUGCCAACAAUGUCGACCGCUGCCUCUGCUUUCGCUCCUUCUUUCCUCAAUGCUUCAUCUCUGAAGAAGUCAGUCCGAUCUGGCUCGUUUGCCGCUAGAGUUACUUGCAACUCGUCGUCAUCAUCUUCUGCGACUCCUCCCAGUCUCAUCCGCAAUGAGCCUGUUUUCGCUGCCCCUGCUCCCAUCAUCACACCUAACUGGACAGAAGACGGAAAUGAAGCAUAUGAGAAUGCCAUUAACGAGCUCAAGAAACUAAUGAUUGAAAGGGGGGAGUUAGACCCAGUGACCGCUGCAAGAAUCGACAAUAUCACAGCUCAAGCAGUAGCAACAUCUGACGGCAAAGUUGCAUCAUCUGACACUGUUGAGAGGAUCAAAAGCGGCUUCGUGAAGUUCAAGACGGAGAAAUUCGAGACAAACCCAACCUUGUACAAUGAGCUUGCCCAAGGCCAGAGCCCCAAGUUCAUGGUUUUUGCAUGCUCUGACUCGCGAGUUUGCCCAUCACACGUUCUUGAUUUCCAGCCCGGUGAGGCAUUUGUCGUCCGUAACGUUGCCAACAUGGUUCCUCCCUUUGACCAGACAAAAUAUGCUGGAGUUGGAGCUGCUGUUGAGUAUGCAGUUUUGCAUCUAAAGGUAUCGGAAAUAAUUGUCAUUGGACACAGCAAAUGUGGAGGGAUCAAGGGUCUCAUGACUUUCCCGGAUGAGGGACCUCACGUAACUGACUUCAUCGAGGAUUGGGUGAAAGUAUGCCUCCCCGCGAAGAAGAAAGUGGUAGCAGAAAACGGCAGUGCAGCUCUUGAUGACCAAUGUGUAACAUGUGAAAAGGAAGCUGUGAACGUAUCGCUCGGAAAUCUGUUGACUUACCCGUUUGUGAGGGAAGGAUUGGUGAACAAAACACUAGCACUCAAGGGUGGUCACUAUGAUUUUGUUAACGGAACCUUCGAGCUAUGGGCACUUGAGUUUGGGCUUUCCACUCCUACCUCUGUAAAAGAUGUUGCCACUAUACUGCGUUGGAAGCUGUACUAAGAGGGUGAUGUUUCUUACAAAGAUGAAGCUUUUAAGAGCGGGUUAUGUACAAGUCAAAUUUUCGAAUUAAUAACCGUGUAGACCAUAAUUCUAAAUAACAUAUUUUUCGGAUCAAUCCAUAAGGCGAUGUUAUGAUUUGGCCGAAUCUAUGUUCCUAUUU